AUGAGAGCCACCCCGAUUGCGUUUGCGGCGUCAGCUAUAACGACUGCUAUAGCGACCAAUGUCUCCGUCGUCCGCCCAAACGAGCCUUUUUUGCCACAUAACAAGCUUCCUCCGUCGCAUGCCACUUCCGACGGAGCCUCUAUCGUGCAAAUGUUCCCGAACCUUGGUCGUUCCACUAAAUGGAACCUCAUCUCGAAGACCAAAUUUGAAGGCGACACUGGCGAACCAGAAGGUAUCGUCCGUGUCGGUGACGAUCGAUACUUCGUUUCCGCCGGACAAUGGACUGUCCCAACCUCGAAAUACCCUCAGCCGAUCAACGGUACCGACCGUACUCCCGGCGCGGGUUUCGCCCACGCUCUCAUCUACGACGAUAAGGGCAAACUAAUUGCCAAUGCCACUCUGACGGAGCCCGGAGAUCUUGAGUAUCACACCGGUGGUAUCGACUACGAUGGCCGUUACCUGUGGGCAACGCUGUCUCAGUACCGGCCCAAUUCGACUGCAACUAUCGUCCAGAUCGACCCGCUUACGCUCCAGAAGAAGGAGAUGUUUCGCACCACUGAUCAUAAUGGUGGAAUCGUGCAUGACACUGUCACUGAUGACCUCGUCACGCUGAAUUGGGGUGGCCGCAAUGCUACCACCUGGUCUCUUAAAGACUACCCGCAUGGAUUCACGCCAAUGCCCGGAUUUACGGCUCCCAAGUCUUCCGUCCCAGACCAUUCGUUCUUCGUUGAUUACCAAGAUUGCAAGUUCAUUGGGCACCAUGCCCUUCCCGAUGCCGUGGCCGCCCGUGUUGGUGAUCAGGGAAGCAAGAGAGCGAUUAUGUUCUGCGGCGGCGUUGCUUCUAUCGGGUCGUCGUUCAGUCUGGGUGGUAUUUCCCUGGUUGAUCUCGAGACCAUGUUGCCGCUGUGGGAAGUUCCGAUCGCAAUGAAAAGUGAUCUCGGGGCGCCCGUGACACAGAAUCCAGUCGACAUUGCGGUUGUGGAUGGAAAGUUGAGGAUUUACUGUCUCCCGGAUCAGCAUAAGUCGACGCUCUAUGUUUACGAGGCGGCUUGA